CCACGUUACGUAUAACAUAUUUAUAAGUAUUUCACACAAAAUCAACACAUUUCUGCUAUUUUUUUCGCCAUAUUUGUUUGGAAUUUACAGAGCUCUUGAGACAACAAUACGUUAACUUACUCGUCUAAAAAAUCAUAGUGUUGUCAAAAUACACUAUCAUUUGACACGUGUGAUGCCUACAUUUAAGAAUAGCACGUCUUUAUAAAAACUACACAUAUCAACAGUAAAAUAGUGCAAUUUUAGCGUUUAAACUGCACGUCUGCUCAUCCUGGUUAUCAGGGUCUCUCCUCCUUCCCCCCACCGCCCGCUGAGCGUCGUCUGUUCUCGGCUGUGUCCGCCAGAGGGCGCUCGGGCUCCGGUCUCGACUCGCGCCAUUCGAUUGUGGAAAAUGCCACCAGAUGGCGGUUUAGGAUUGCUGCUCUUCUGAAAGGCGCGGUUCCAUCUCCUGGUCCAAAUUUCAAUUAAUAAAUCCAUAUUUAGCAAAAGUUUUAUCGAAUUCCAAAUAGCGGGAACGCCGACCUUUACGACCAUGAGCAUCCCAGGCUCAGAGUCGCCAUGUUAAAAUUGUGAUCUCCUUUUAAAGCACACUGAAGACCCAUCCCAACAGAGCAGACACACUUCAGACCUGUAACACAACAUCUAACCCUCCGUCAUCAUGAUCACCUCAGAGCUGCCGGUGCUACAGGACACUGGUGAUUCAGGUCAGGACACAGUGAGUCUCAGUAUGAGCAUGAGUGAGCUGGAUGACCCUGGAGACGGAAAGAUCAAGAAGAAGAGAGGAAGACCUGGCAGACCACCAGCAGCCAACAAGAAGCCUCGGAAGUCUCCAUCAGAAAAGGGCUUUAUGGCAGUCCAGAGGGGGAGAAAGGCCAAUGGCAUCAGCCAGCAGAAUGGAGAGGGAGAUCCUGUUACUCUGUUUGAAGUGGUCAAACAGGGAAAGAGUGCUAUGCAGUCUGUGGUUGAUGACUGGAUCGAGUCGUAUAAGCAGGACAGAGAUCUAGCACUUCUGGACCUCAUCAACUUCUUCAUCCAGUGCUCUGGCUGUAAAGGCACUGUAAGAAUCGAAAUGUUUCGCAAUAUGCAGAAUGCUGAAAUCAUCCGCAAAAUGACAGAAGAGUUUGAUGAGGACAGUGGCGAUUACCCUUUGACCAUUUCUGGCCCUCUGUGGAAGAAGUUUCGCUACAACUUCUGUGAGUUCAUCUGUGUACUGAUCCGCCAGUGCCAGUACAGCAUCAUCUAUGAUGAAUACAUGAUGGACACAGUCAUCUCUCUGCUCACGGGCCUGUCAGACUCACAGGUCCGAGCCUUCAGACACACCAGCACUCUCGCAGCCAUGAAGCUGAUGACAGCUCUGGUGAACGUGGCUCUGAACCUGAGCAUUAACCAGGACAACACACAGAGACAGUACGAAGCUGAACGCAGCAAAAUAGUGGGAAAGAGAGCCACUGAGAAGCUGGAGCUCUUGCUUCAAAAGAGGAAAGAGCUUCAAGAAAACCAAGAUGAAAUCGAAAACAUGAUGAACUCCAUUUUCAAGGGAAUCUUUGUUCAUCGCUAUAGGGAUGCAAUAGCUGAAAUCAGAGCCAUUUGUAUAGAGGAGAUCGGUGUAUGGAUGAAAAUGUACAGUGAUGCCUUCUUGAACGACAGCUACCUGAAGUAUGUGGGCUGGACCUUACAUGACCGGCAAGGUGAAGUGCGCUUGAAGUGUUUGAAAGCCUUACAAAACCUUUACACAAACCGUGAACUGUUUCCAAAACUUGAGCUCUUCACAAACCGCUUCAAGGACCGUAUCGUGUCCAUGACGCUGGAUAAAGAGUAUGAUGUUGCUGUGGAGGCCAUCAGACUGGUCACGCUCAUCCUGCAGGGUAGUGAGGAUGCUCUGUCUAAUGAAGACUGUGAGAAUGUGUAUCAUCUGGUGUAUUCAGCUCACAGGCCUGUAGCAGUGGCUGCUGGGGAGUUUCUACAUCGGAAGUUGUUCAGCAGACAUGAUCCUCAGGCAGAGGAAGCUCUAGCCAAGCGCAGAGGCAGGAGCAGCCCAAACGGAAACCUAAUCCGCAUGCUGGUGCUUUUCUUUUUGGAGAGUGAGCUGCAUGAACAUGCUGCCUAUCUAGUGGACAGUUUGUGGGAGAGCUCUCAGGAGCUGCUGAAGGACUGGGAGUGCAUGACUGAACUGCUACUGGAGGAGCCAGUGCAGGGAGAGGAGGUGUUGGCAGACAGACAGGAGAGUUCUCUGAUUGAACUGACUGUAUGUACCAUUCGUCAGGCUGCAGAGGCCCAUCCGCCAGUGGGGAGAGGAACUGGAAAAAGGGUCUUGACUGCGAAAGAAAGGAAGAUGCAGAUUGAUGACAAAAACAAAUUAACAGAGCAUUUCAUCAUGGCUCUCCCCAUGCUGCUCUCAAAAUACCAGACAGAUUCAGAGAAAGUAGCCAAUCUUCUGCAGAUCCCACAGUACUUUGACCUGGACGUGUACAGCGCUGGGAGAAUGGAGAAGCACUUGGACGCAUUGCUAAAGCAGAUCAAGUUUGUAGUGGAGAAGCACACGGACACAGAAGUGCUGGAGGCCUGCAGUAAAACAUACAGCAUCUUGUGCAGUGAAGAAUACACCAUUAUGAACCGCGUGGACAUUGCCCGCAGUCAGCUGAUCGAUGAACUAGCCGACCGUUUCAACCACUCGGUGGAGGAGCUGCUGCAAGCGGGGGAAGAGGCAGAUGAUGACGACAUUUACAAUGUUCUCUCCACUCUGAAGAGACUUACAGCCUUUCACAAUGCUCAUGAUUUGACCAGAUGGGAUUUUUUUGGAAACUGCUACAGAUUGCUAAGAACAGGAAUAGAGCAGGGCUCCAUGCCUGAGCAGAUAGCAGUGCAGGCUCUUCAGUGUUCUCAUUACUCCAUACUCUGGCAGCUGGUGAAGAUAACUGAGGGAGCUCCAUCCAAGGAUGAUCUCCUAGCACUACGUAGGGUUGUCAAGUCUUUUCUAGCUAUAUGCCAGCAGUGUCUAUCAAAUGUCAACACGCCGGUAAAAGAGCAGGCAUUCAUGCUGCUCUGUGACCUGCUGAUGAUCUUCAGUCACCAGCUUACCACAGGCUCCAGAGAGGGUUUGCAGCCGCUAGUCUUCAUCCCAGACGGCACGCUGCAGAACGAGCUCCUAAACUUCAUUCUUGAUCAUGUGUUUAUAGAUCAAGAUGAUGAGAACCAGAGCAUAGAGGGUGAUGAAGAGGAUGAAGCAAACAAGAUUGAGGCCUUACACAAGAGGAGGAACCUUCUAGCUGCCUUCAGCAAACUCAUCAUUUAUGACAUCAUAGACAUGCCUGCUGCUGCAGACAUCUUCAAACACUACAUGAAGUACUACAACGAUUAUGGCGACAUCAUCAAGGAGACUUUAAGUAAGACCAGACAGACGGACAAGAUACUGUGUGCCAAAACACUCAUCUUGAGUUUACAACAGCUCUUUAAUGAGCUGAUCCAGGAUCAGGGGCCUAACUUGGACAGGACCUCGUCUCAUGUGAGCGGCAUUAAGGAACUGGCCCGUCGCUUUGCCCUCACCUUCGGAUUAGACCAGAUCAAGACCAGAGAGGCUGUAGCUACACUGCACAAAGAUGGGAUUGAGUUUGCCUUCAAGUACCAGAAUCCAAAAGGAGCAGAGUAUCCUCCUCCCAAUCUGGCCUUCCUUGAGGUUCUCUGUGAAUUUUCUUCCAAGCUUCUUCGUCAAGACAAGAAAACAGUACAUGCAUAUCUGGAGAAGUUCAUGACGGAGCAGAUGAUGGAGCGGCGGGAGGACAUCUGGCUUCCACUCAUCUCCUACAGGAACUCUCUGCUGACGGGUGGAGAUGAAGAUCGCAUGUCCAUCACCAGCGGCAGCAGCAGUAGCAAAGCUGGAUCCAUACGCAGCAAGAAGGGCCGACCGCCACUGCACAAGAAACGCAUUGAGGAGGAGAGCAUGGAGGGCUCUUGGAUGAUGAGGAAUGACAGCAUUCAGACCCCUGGAGGCCUGCAGACGCCACAGCUCACCUCAACUGUGCUCCGCGAAAACCCUCGACAAGCUGCUGAACACCUGCCUGAGCAGGACACUGAGCCCGGCUCAGAGUCGGACUAUGUUCAUAAUCCUCAGAUGCAGAUGUCGUGGCUCGGCCAGCAGAAGAUGGAGGAGGUGAACAGGAAGGAGCGGACGGCCAUGAGCUACAUAAAGGCCCGCAGUGGAGGAGUGCGACAGACUGUACGUGGGCUAAUGGAGGACGACGCAGAGCCCAUCUUUGAGGACGUCAUGAUGUCGUCUCGAGGACAGCUGGAGGACAUGAGUGAGGAGUUUGAGGACACCAUGGUCAUCGAUCUGCCUCCAUCCAGGAACCGGCGAGAGAGAGCAGAACUCAGACCAGACUUCUUUGACUCUGCAGCCAUGAUUGAGGAUGAGUCGGGAUUCACGAUGCCCAUGUUCUGAGGUGCCACAACAAAUGGAAGAGAGGAGCAUUUGGUUUGAUUAAAGCAAGGGCUGAAGAGACAUUCACAAAGAGGAGGAAGCACUGAUGUCCAGGUUCAGUGACUCUGGAUUAAACUCUCCACAAACUCUCAAUUAUCCUCUUUCAUCAAGCACCACAUCAAAGGAGUUUUUUCCCCACCCAGAUGCAGUCCCAUCAAGUCACGUAUGGUAAAAUGUUCCGUCUUCAUCAGCUUAUCUGAAUGGCACUGAAUGGGAUUUACGUCGUGGUACAGAUUUAUGAUGUAAGAAUGUACGCUCCCAUAUGUUUAAGAUGUACAUAUUUGUGUUUAUCCAUCCUACUAUGUAGAAGCCCUGUACAGUUAGAUUAUGAAGUCGUCGCUUUAACUAUGUCCAACAAAACCACCAGUAGUAAAUGUCGAUCGAUCUUCAGAUGGUCUAAAUUUACACAACGCCCAGUAGUAUUCAAUAGCCAUAAUUCUGGUUAAGUGUGUUACGUUUGGUAAGUGUUGGGGCCUGUUCACACCACAGAUGAUAAUUAUGAUGAUAAUAAUAAAUAUAAGGGUUUAAAAAUAGUUAAGCAUAAGACAAUAGCAGGCACGUCACAUCAGCUGUUAUGAAUAUAGAAGACAAACAAUAUUGUUGUAAUUGCCUCAAAGCUAUUUUAUUCUAGCAAGUGAGGGAUUAAAACAGAGAUUGAUACAGGUUUUAUGAAGAGCAAUUUACUACUUUUUAGAAGACAAAUUAAAGAAUAUUGUAUAUUAAAUCCGAAGGGAACGCAGUAUGUUCUCCGAGGUAUGUAUCAGCUGUAUUAGCAACACUUCAUAUAAAAAAACACUACUAUGUACAGAUCUGUUACUUUUGAAUUUUUUUUUUUACAUACUGACGUGACGUUGUGGACCGAGGCUUUGAAGCAUGUAUCAAAAACAUUAUACAUCUCGCAGUGAAGCAGUGUAUCGAAGCUUGAUUCGUUUUGCCAUAAUCAUGUGAUCAGUGGUGUCCGAAACUUCAUUUUCACCUAUACCCAGGUUUAUGCUUCGAAUUUUAAUUCAAAAGUAUUAACACCCUCGUGGGUUAGUAAAGUGUAUAGCGAGAGAUUAGGCACCGAUUACAUACAUUUCUACUGUUUCAAAGCACUGCAGUUAUUCAACUAAAAUACAAUAGUAAUUUAUAGUAAAAAGCUUUUGGACAAUACUAAAGUGUAUUAUUUACAACUAUUUUUAAAGAAGGCCACUGCAUAUUGUAGUAUAGUAGUAGCAGUCUAUAAGCAUCACUCUGACAGCCUCCUCCUUACAGCAUUGGCCUCCCAUACAGGAAUCGCCGGUUCGAUCUCCCUUGGGAAUGAGUUAAUGUUAACAUGAUAAACAUAAAUACUUUUGAAUACCUUGGAUUUAAAUACAGUCAUCUGUGGUGUAAUGUAAAUAACUUAUAUGUAAAAAAAAAACUAUAGUAUCUGAGUAAUUUGUUUAUACUACUGUUGUAUUACACGUGAAUGAGUUGGUCAGUUGUGAACAUUUGACAUUUUUGCAACACAGUGCUUUCCCAAACUUUAACCAGCAGAGGUCCUCGUCGAGCUCUGAUUUAGAAAGCUUCGAGUUACAAAUCUUUUUCCGAGUCGAAUGGUUCACUGGUUUAGAAAGCUUCAGUUCACAUCACUAUUUUUACAUAUAAAGACUAACUCUGAUUCUAUACACUAAAAAAGGAAAUGACUUUUACCAUGUUUUUAUUAAGUAUUUUUGACACGUUUCCAUUAAAAAUGUCUACAUGUAAAGAUUCUUGUCAUUUUUUCCAGUAAAACUGAUUAAUGAAAUGGUUAAAAUAAGACACAUAUCUGUUAGUAAGCUUAGAAAAUCAACUAAAUUUCAUUAACAGAUAUGUGUUCUUAUUGUAACCAUUUCAUUAAUCAGUUUUACUGGAAGCAAGACUUUUAGGCUUUUAACAGCAUUUAUUUAUUUUUUUGUUCCCAUGAAAAUGUCUUGAUUUAAGAAACUUUAGACAUAUUUCUUUAAAAUUUAAAGUAUUUGUAUUUGUAACUAUUAUUGAUAAACUAUUAAUUUUUUUAGGGCCUUAAAUUUAGAAAUGGCAAAAUUGUGACUUUCUAAAAUCCAUAAAAGAAAACUAUUUCCAACAAAAAUGGUGUCGGCUCUUAUAAAGCAGUUUAAAGUUUACAUUGCUUUGCUGAAACACGCAAGUUAAUAGACAAAACGUUAUCAUGAAUCAGUUGCUGGGUUUUCAUCACCCUGUAUUAUUUUGAAGUAUCUUGAGAAACAAUGAUGGAAACGGCACAUUUUAAAUAAAAAUCGCUUAAUUCACAAAAUCAAUUGAUAUGGUUUUUGGACUGCAGAAAACAAGGUUUAAUACGGAUAAUGGGAGAUGGAAACACAUUUGCCGAAUAUACACUAAUCAGCCGGCUCCAUUAUGCUUGGCUUGUUUACCACUGGUUACUGGGUCACCAACACUACUACAGUCAGCUGCUCUAACAACUAGAUGGAAACACUAUAUUUGCAAACUUUAAAAAGAUUUAUUCAUGGACACUACUAUAUUUUUAUUGUUAUCUUCAUAGUUGUGGUUCGUGGUGUGAACAGGCCUUUAAAAAUGCAGUGAUUAUUGUCAGAAAUGAGAUAGAGAGCCAAAAAUCUCAAUGACACAAUUGUCCCGAAGGUGCGUUCCAUUACAUGUUGUGUAAUUUUGGCUUGCAGAAACAUUUGAAUGGUCAGUAUUUGAUUUCCAGUAGAUUUAGUUCUAAUAAGGUGAGGUUUAUUUGUGUGAAACGUCUAAACAGCAGGGUGUUUUUGUGUGGAUCAAACUGCAGAGGCCCGUUUCAGUGCUCUAUGGUCCUGUGCUCUUCAAAAGUGAAACGUUACACCGUCGACAACACAAGUUUCCCAUGAUGCUCUUGACUUCCCAUCCCGAGCCUCGCUUAGUUUUGCUAGUGUUCCUGUAAAUUGUACAUUUUCAAUAUGAAAUGGGUUUUCUUUUUGUACAACCUAGAAAUGAUGUACCACUUUCCCUUUUAAUGGAAAACUGUUCUAAAACUUUUCUUCGGUGAACUUAUGGACGACUCACUUUUUCAGAAAAAGACAAAAAAUUAAAUGUGUAAUCAUGAA